AUGUGUUGUCGCUCAUUUGUUUUAGGUGACUUUCUUGCUAAGGAAAAACAAGUGCUGCAAUUGGGAGGAGACUGCUCUGUUCUCUCGAUCAAGUCCAUGGAAGAAGGUUCACCAUCAAAGAAACACAAAGGUGAAAUUGUUGAGAAGCCAGAAUUGCCAUUGGAAUUUAAAGAAAAGUUUCAAGAAAUGGUUGGUCGUCUGUCCAUGGAAAAAGGUUCAUCGUCAAAGAAAAGCAAAGGUGAAAUUGUUGACAAUGCUGAAUUGCCAUGGGCGAUUAAAGAGAAGAUUCAAGAAAUGGGAGGUUCUGAAGUGAAGUUGGUGAUUCAGAAAUCACUCUUCAAGACUGAUCUGUCACCAAAUCAUGGGCGUUUCUCAAUCCCAGUUCAGAAAAUGGAAAAGGAAGCAAAGAAUUUUGUAAGGGAAAGAGAGGAGUCAAUCAUGGCAGAACGUCAACAACAAGGACAGAAUCAAAGGCUUGCUGGAUUGCCAGUGUUUGUAAUGGAUCCCAGUCUUAAAUUUUACAACAUGCAUUUGAAGAAAUGGAAAAUGGAGAAAGCUGUGGUUUACAACAUCACCAACGGAUGGAUGGAUCUUGUGCGCAGUAACAAUCUCAGGGUCAACGACACUGUGCAACUGUGGUCUUUUAGACUCAACGACCAGCAGUUAUGUUUUGCUUUUGUCAAGCUUUGA